CUCACCAUGUUGGUUCAGACAGAAAGGAAGACGAAAGGGCUUGUGGGUAAUUUUAAGCCGCGCGACGUUGGGAAGUGGCGUCAUUAGCAAGCGACAGAAGACGUGGGGGCAAUUGUUUGGGAAAUUGUUUACGGAAUGCAAUGAGACGGUAAGAAAGCUGAACAGUGUGAAUUAAAAAUGGCCACACAAAGGGUUCUCCCGCAAAGUAAAGAGACUCUUCUGCAGAAUUACAACAAGAGAUUAAAAGACGAUAUCAGAUCCAUACUGGACAACUUCACUGAGAUCAUCAAGACUGCCAAGGUGGAAGAUGAAACCCAGGUGUCCAGAGCGACGCAAGCAGAGCAGGACCACUAUGAAAUGCACGUCAGAGCUGCCAACAUUGUGCGAGCUGGCGAGUCUCUGAUGAAGCUGGUGUCGGACCUGAAGCAGUUCCUGAUUCUGAACGAUUUCCCAUCUGUAAACGAGGCCAUUAGCCUGCGCAACCAACAGCUGCGUACCCUGCAGGAGGAAUGUGACAAGAAGCUCAUCUCCCUGCGCGACGAGAUCGCCGUCGACCUGUACGAGCUUGAGGAAGAGUAUUACUCAUCCAGGUACAAAUAGAUCCUGAUCCAGAGACCCUGCAAUCCUGUAGUCGAGGAUCAUAUACACACUCCCUUUAUAUGCACAUACCCAACAACCCGUACCCUAGUGCCUUAGACCACAAUGUGUGUGUGAGUGUCCAAAUUCAUGCAUUCACAAACUGUAGUGCCUUAAAAAUGGAGCAAGAAGAAAAAAAACGGGUUAAACUUGUGAUUUUAUCAUGACAUUUAUUAUCAUAUUUUUAUAGCAGGAUUGUCAAAAGGACUAAAAAGGAGAUCUAGAAACCACCAAAUUUUUUUCUUAUUCACCAAAGUUAAAAAAUAUGUAAAAGUGGGCUUAAAGGCUAUCAAGCAUUUCAUACAUUUUAUGAACAUGCUUGUACUUUUUAAUAAGUGAAAUAAAAUAAAACAAGCAUACUGUGCACAGUAAGUUAAAUAAGGGCAAGAGAAAAGGUGAGAUUUAGUAAUACUGUCUCCACAAUAAAUAUACUUUAAAAAAGGUCUGCAAAGAUAACCGCUGUAAAUGUAAAUCUUCUCUUCUUAAUUACCCUGGAGAUUGUUGGUUGUAAUCACUAGUAGUCAUGUGACAGAAGUUUUAAUUCACAUAGACAGGUGAAACUAAGCCUUAUUAAGAACUGACUUAAUGUUAGACAUGCAUUUUAGUCCUCUAAAUGAUCCAAUGAACAUAAUUAAAUAUGAUAUAUAUAUAAAAUAUUUUAACAAAAUAUAUAGAAUAUAAUAUAUAAUAAAAUAUUAAAAUAUUUGUGUGAUCUCAAAGCGCAGUGUUGUAUUAAACAUACAGCAGUUUAUAUAGAAAAAUGUACAAAUACAGCACAGCUUUAAAAAAAGCAGCUGAACACACUGAUAUGGGAACUGGCCAAACUGUAAGUGGCCUGCUGUUCUAAUGAAUACGCUUGCUUGACCUCUCUCUCUUAUAACACUGUCACAGGAUCAUCACAAAAUACCAACAGAUAUGCUGUGUGUAAUUAAAUAAUUCUGUAAAAUCCUUAACACAGUGGCUACGCAUAUCUUUUUUUAAAAAACAAACAAACAAACAAUUGUGGCCAGUAUUUUUCUCAUAAA